AAUAAACUGCAAAAAUACGUAAAAUAAUAUUAUUUAAAAGAAAGCACGCAAUAAUGCAGCGUUUUAUUUGACAGAAAAUUAUUCUUAAUAUUAAAAAUGCUUUUUAUGCAAGAAAAGAGAUUAUAAAAUAUAUGUUAAAAAAUGUUGCUUAUUUCAAAACUACAACUAUUAGAAAAGUAACUAUUUCAAUGGUAUAAUCAUCUGCUCCUCCUUGAUAGCUUAUAGCUUAUACUAUCAUACCCUGUAUCCUAAAUAUUCUGUUCGAAGAAAAGAACAUGCAGAAAAAUAUAAUAGCUGUAGAUCCAAUAAGUCACUGUAUCAUAGACGGCUUAAAUUAUUUUUUCUACUGUCUCACAGUUACGACAUACAACAUUGCUUGCAACAUAUAAAGACCGAUUAGUGGACAGUGAUGGAUAGCGAGAACCGGCAAGUAAUGUUAAGUGUAAUACCCUAAAGUCGGUCGUUUCGUUGUCGGAAUAUGCGCAAUUUUUAUGCAUGGUAGAGUAUUCUCUUACUCCAUGCUGACGGGCACCUCCUCGACAAUCGAAUAUAUCGACAAUGUGAGUGUGUCAGUGCUAUGCUACCAUGUACAACAUACACAAAGUUCGUGGACACCACGCAGAGCUCGGCAUUCGAAAUCCCGUUAGUGCUGCAAUUCAUCUCCAUCUUCGUCACUUUCAUCAGGGUCAGCAGUUAAAUAUGCUGAUGAGAUAGCUGGACCAGAUAGACGAUCGAAAGUAGAAAAACACGGUGAAAUGUCGAUUGACGAUCAUUGUGAAGCAGCAUCUAAAGAUAUUAAGGUAAUGUUGACAUCAAUUUGAAAUCCAUGUUUCAUACAUCAGAAAUAAAAUUUAUAUAUUUUAAUGAUUUCGAUUUUUAUGGCAAUCCAAUAAUAUUUAUGCAAUAAUUUAUUUUAGCUCUGUUUCUCUUUCUCUCUUCUUUUUUUCCCAAUAUAAUUCAGUUCAUAAAAAGAAUGAUAUAUGUAUAUGAUGUAAAAAAAAGAUUAUGUAAUUUAUAUUACUUGUAGUUUUGUAGCACGGAUAAAAACACUUUUGAAUCAAAUAUGUUUUGUGGAAUUAUUAGGAUCUACGUUUAACUUACAUAUGCUUGGAUACUACGUCAUCAAGGUACGGUUAAAAUGUUAAAAAGGUAAAUAUAUAAUUAAGACACAUUAGUAUUAUCCAAUUUCUCGUUUAAAAAAAUUGCAUAUAUAUUACAAAAAAUGCACAUGCAAAACUUAAUAGAUCACAUUUAUCUAAUUCGUUAUUUUUAAUUACUUUUACAAUUAUUAAAUUGCACUUUUAAUAAUAAUAUUAUAUCAUACAUUAUCUUAGCAUGUCUGAAAUUUUUCAGAGAUGGAAUGUAAUAGAGAGAAAAAUGUCAAUAUCUUAUGUAUAAAUCACAUAUAUAUAAGCAUGGCUUUCAACAUUUUUAUAUUCCGUUACAAUUAGUGAUAUAACAGAACAAAUAAAUUAUAUAAUAAAAAUAUCAUAAUCACUUUUCAUCUUAAAUAAUAAUAAAUUAUAAUAUUUUCGCAAGUGCGCGUAUAUCGCAGUUAAUUCUUCUGCGAGAGACUCUCCCUUACUCCCUUAAGGGUAUAGUGCAGCGUAUUUCUCAAGUAUCGAUCGACUAACGAGACACACAAAUAUCCUGUUGUUACUUAUUACGUUACUAAGAUACUCGCUGGCGCAGGCGCUACUUCCUGUCAAGUGAGCGCGUGUCUAACAGUCGACUCAGUAGUAUCCGCGCGUUUCGCGAGCAAUCAUGGAUGUCGUUGAACCUGUCAAUCCACACAAGAACGCGAGCGAUUACAGUCUUCAAUAUAAUCGUUGGAUCCUGAAGCCGAUGGGCGCGUGGCCAAGUUCAGACUCAAAGAAAGUGCCACUGAAAGAAAAAGUGAUUUCAACGAUAUUAGCAAUCACCUGCUACUCCCUGAUAGCAUACGCGGUCAUUCCCUGUAUUCUGAACAUCUUGUUCGAAGAGACUGACAUGCAGAAAAAAAUAACAGCAGUGGGUCCAUUGAGUCACUGGAGCAUAGGCGCUACGAAUUAUUUCCUUCUGCUUUUCCGCAGCCGCGACAUAGGUCGUUGUUUACAGCAUAUGAAGAACGAUUGGCGAUCGGUGACAGAGAGUGAGGAUCAACGAGAAAUGCUGAGAUACGCUAAAGUCGGCCGUUUUGUCGUCGGGCUAUGCGCAGUUGUUAUGCCUGGCGGAGUAGUUACGCACACGCUACUGACCGGUACCAUGCAGACAAUCAAAUAUAUCGGCAACGAAAGCGUGUUAGUGUACAUGUUACCGUGCCCCUCGUAUAGCAAGUUCAUAGACACCUCGCAUAGCCCGGCGUUCGAAAUUACAUUAUUGCUACAGCUCAUCUCAAGUAUUAUCGUCACUUUCAUCAGGGUUGGCGCCUGUAGCCUCGCAGCGGUAUUGGCGACGCACGCGUGCGGUCAGCUGAGUAUGCUGAUGAGAUGGCUGAAUCAGCUGGACGAUCGGAAACAACAAAAUACAGUGCGACGUCGAUUAGCGAUUAUUGUGGAGCACCACUUGAGAGUACUCAGCUUUGUGGCGCGGAUGGAAGCACUAUUGAAUCAGAUAUGUUUUGUGGAAGUGCUAGGAUGUACGUUAGACUUAUGUAUGCUCGGAUAUUACAUCAUUACGGGAUGGAAUGUAAUGGAAAGAAAACUGUUAAUAUCUUAUGUAAUCAUAUAUAUAGGCAUGGUUUUCAAUAUUUUUAUAUUGUGUUACAUUGGCGAAAUAGUCACAGAACAGUGUAAACAAGUAGGUGAAACAACCUAUAUGACUAACUGGUAUCAUUUGCCUCAUACAACGGCUCGUGAUCUGAUUUUAAUUAUUUCCCGAUCGAGUAACGUGAUCAAAUUAACUGCAGGAAAACUAGUUCACCUAUCCAUUACAACUUUCGGUGAUGUGAUGAAAACCUCCAUGGUAUACCUAAACAUGCUUCGGACUAUGACGGCUUCUUAGACAAUACACCAAUUGUACAAAGCGUUAGCAAAUUCUCUAGUUAUCACUAUAACUUCAAUAUAUUUGAAUAAUUAUAUAAACUACUAAUAAAAUAAAAUAAAAUGCAAGACAUCUAUUAUCUAAAGUAUUGCAUCUUUGUUUCCUAAAUCAUAAAAAUACAAUAAAAUAAAAAUUAUUCAAUAAAAAUAAGAAUAUAUCAGUAUCACCAA